UGCAUGCACAGUUCAGUGACAUCGACUGACUGCACUCUUCCAAUUGUGCUGCUUUUCUCACGUUAGAUGAAGGUCAAAUGCGUUUAUUUUUGAAGCACUUAACUUCCUCCCACCCCUAUUUGGAGCAGGGUAACACAGAAUUGGUUUUGUAUGUAUUUUGGGGAAGGAGUGCAAGAGUAAUUGCAAAAUACGGCAGUAUCUACACUUACAUAGUUCAAAUCUUGACUGCCAUUUACAGAAUAUGGCAAAAAUCUCUGAAUCUGAAAACUUUUUAAAAAUACUUUUCUUUAGCAAUAAGAUGGAAGGGUACAUUCUUCUCAUACUCUCCUGGACUGUCAAACUUUUUAAUUUUUGGUCUUUGAAACUUUUAAAUUUGAACACCAAUUAAUUGUUUAACUCAUUUAAACAAUGACCUAAACUUUAAAUGAGUGAAUUUUAUGGUUUGAGAAUUAUUUCAAUAAAGCUAUUAUAUAUAAAAAAAAAAAGUUACCUAAAAACAUUUUCAGUGGUAUUCGGAAGCAGCUUUGUAUUAAUGUUAGGAGGUGAGGGCCAGAUAGUAGUUAAUUUAUUUAAAUAAAGUUUCAAGUCAUACGAUUUUUAAGAACAUAGUUCACUUUCCUAUUUUUAGCUUAGGAAAACUUUCUAUUCAAUUCUUAAAUAUAUCUAAAUAGAUGGAGACUGCAAAUGUAAAAGAUAAUGACUAAAAUAAACAUUUAAAUUUUAUUUUUAGCAUCGAUUGCUGUUGGAGAGAUGAACAAGAAGUACAUAUUCACAUAUUUCACUUAUGCCGAGCUCCUGCUGGCCUGGAUGUCUAUUGAUAGGCUAGAUAACUGAGGAAAUGAGGACAUGUACUACAGAAUUCUGCUAUUUUGGCUUCUCUCCAUAAUGAACAAACUGAUGUCAAGGACUUUAUUGUUCUGUUUUUUAAGAUACUCCGUUUAUUGUUACAGAAAGCCAUGUACCUGCACAAGUGGUGGCUGCCAUUGAUGUCAACACUGUUGCUAAUGAAGUGUACAAGUAUAAUUUUCCUCACACACUAUUACUGGCCAAGACAAUUGAAGGUAUUACACUGGAAGAGUUUGACAGAUUAUCUUUCAAUAUGAUUUUAAUGAGCCCUCCAUGUCAGCCAUUCACAAGAAUUGGCCUGCAGGGUGAUAAGACUGAUCCAAGGACGAGUAGCUUCUUAUAUAUUCUAGAUAUCCUUCCAAGAGACCUGUUGAUACAAACAAUAGAAAACUGCGGCUUUCAGUACCAAGAAUUUCUAUUAUCUCCAACCUCUCUUGGCAUUCCAAACUCCAGGCUGCGUUAUUUCCUUAUUGCAAAGCUUCAGUCAGAGCCAUUACCUUUUCAAGCCCCUGGUCAGGUAAUGACAGAGUUUCCCAAAACUGGAUCUGAAAAUCCACAGAAACAUGCAAUAGAUGCAGAAAAGAACACUGAAGAAAAGAAAAUUGAACCAAGUAUUUGCCUUGAUGGCAACACACAAUGCUCUGGAAAAGAGACCAUACUUUUUAAGCUUGAGACCACAAAAGAAAUAGACAGGAAACAUCAACAGAACAGUGAUCUCUCUGUUCAAAUGCUAGAAGAUUUUCUUGAACAUGACAUUGACAUAAAUCAGUACUUUUUGCCACCAAAGUUGUUGCAGCGAUAUGCUCUUAUAUUAGAUAUUGUUAAGCCCACUUGCAGAAGAUCCACGUGCUUUACAAAAGGUUAUGGAAGAUUUAUAGAAGGGACAGGAUCUGUGUUACAAACUGCAGAAGAUGUACAGAUUGAGAAUAUCUACAAAUCUAUUAGCAAUUUGUCAGAAGAAGAAAAGAUAACAAAAUUGUUAACGCUUAAACUGCGAUAUUUCACUCCUAAAGAAAUAGCAAAUCUUCUUGGAUUUCCUCCACAAUUCGGAUUUCCUGAGAUGGUAACAGUGAAGCAACGUUAUUGCCUACUUGGAAAUAGUCUCAAUGUGCAUAUAGUAGCUAAACUAAUUAAAAUCCUGUAUCAAUAAUUUUGAAAUAAUUCUGAAAGAUAGUCACGGUGUUCCCUCAUGUCCAGAUAAUAAUCCUAAAAUUCUUUUUUGAAUUAGUUUUAACUAAAUUCAACUACAUUAUUUCACUCUUUCUUUAAUAAAGAGUUUGGAAUUUUUCACAAAAAUGCUAUUAAUUUGUUUCCUUAAAUUUGUAUUACUGUACUUUGUCAAAUGAAAAUUUUUGUUGUACUUAGUGGAUAAUAUAUUUUCAUAUGAAAUUGUUGAAUAUAUACGUAAAAUAUUCUCUUUAUAACAUGGCGUAAACAAAUUUGGAACGUUUGAAUUUUAAUGUCUAGAUAAAUAUUUUACAAAAUGUCAACAGGCAUAUUAUAAUGAACCUGAGAAAUUUUUUUGAAUGCUAAUUAAAGAAGUUGUUUUUUAAAUCUGUCAUUUUACAUUUUUAUUAAACGAUUACUUCUAAGAUGGUUCUAAUUCCAUAUUGUUUUAAAUAUUGACUGUUUUACUUAAUUCCAAACCUUUUUACUUUAUUUUUAUCUAAACAAAUGCAUUUAAUAUUUUAAACCAAGUUAUCAUUCAGCUUACGCAACAGUCUAAAAAAUAAUGUUAGAAAACAAAAAACAAAAAAACCUAAAUUCUUGGUUACGUCUCCAUCAGGAGGUAUCUGAAAAUUUAAGUGGCUAUUAUCUGAUUAUCUUUUCUUCUGCCUCCAUCUGAAAGGCAAAACUUUUGUUCCCAGUCCAUAUGUACACACUUCCCUUAGUUUGCUAUGAUCAGAGUUUGCUUUUGCUUUCUUUCUGUGCUUAUUGUUGUUAGUUGGAUUUAGUCUUAUCACAUGCUGAGGAACAUAGCAUGGGACUAAGAUUUUAGGGAGGAAAUGCUGUCCUUGAACCCCAUUCCACAUGGCUCUAUUCUAUGAAUUUUAUAACUCUGUGCCUCUCAGUAGACUUCUUGGAAUUAGGCUUUCUAAUCAGACUAAAUUUUGUACCAUGCAUCCUUGUAGUUUUAAUUUCAGUAGUAAAAGCAAGUGACAGAGUAGAAAAAUGAGAAUAAACAAGACUAGAAAUUAUAUCACAAAAUUUUAAUUCAUAUUUUUAUUCUUAAAAAAUCAUUCUUCCUACCACUUUUUUAAGCACUCAUAGAUAAAUAUGGACAUUGGGAAGCUCUAGGCCAAUACAGAUACAUCAACUACCACAGUCUACAUUUUGUUUGUCUUUAAAGACGAACGUUAUUACAAGUGUCAUAAAUUUUAGUACACAACAAUCAGAUUACUUUGGCACGCUCAUGUAGGUUCUCUUCACUGCUGAAUGGUUAUAAAUCAAAAGGUUUAGAGUUUUAUUAUAAUAAUCUGUGAUUAUAGUUAUACUGUAUUAUAGUGUCCUAUGCCCCAUGAGCAGUGUUAUAUAAGUGUUGAGUUACAGUGCACCAACUAUAAACACAUGAAAGCUCUAUAGAAACAUUCUCUUACAAACUAGAAGACAAUAUAGCUUCAUGAAAUUUUAAAUUGUUAUAUAUUUGAAAAUAUGUAAGGGCACAUGGUGAUUUUUUACCUUAAUUCAUAAUAGAAAAUAUAUAGUAGCAAGCAUAAAACUCUCACCUUAAUGAAGAAAUAUUUACCAGAGUGCCAUUUAAUUAGAAUAUAUAUACAUGCAUAAUUAAUUUGUAAAAUGCAAUUUUAUUUGAAUGUCUACUUUGUUAUUGGUAAUGAAUAUGCAUAAAAUCUGCACUGGGAAGUCUGUUUUCUGAUAUUUGUACUUACUGUCAGUGUAUUCAGAAUUUUGGAAAAUACAGCCUCCUUUUUAAAGGGAACAAUAUGUAUUUAAAUCCUUGCCAUUUCUAAUAGUAAACUGAUUUUCUCUUCUCCCUUUUGCACCAUCUUGGCUCUUUUAUAUGGGUUAUCAGAUAAUUUUAAGGUAUUUAUUGUUCUGCCUCAUGUUUUUAGUAUGCUUUCAGGACCCAAAAAAUGAACAAAGAAAUGAUCAAAUGAAUUAACACACACACAUUGAGUUAUACUGGAAAAUGAUUUUGAAAAGGAGAUGGGUAGUCAUUUUAGGAGAAAGAGUCAGAGCCUGAUAAUCCUUAGUGGCAGACAAUGAGGCCCAAUGACAGCAGAGAGGAAGAAAGUCAACUUGUUACUGCAGGAGUCAGCUGCCCCUUUUCAGAAGAUCCUGAAUAUUCUGGCUAUUAAGUCAGACCUGCACAGUGGUCACUGCCCUGUGCCUUGAAAAAGUACUUCUCUCUUGACUACCAGCCGAUUGGUUUCUGUCACAAGAUAGAUUCUUGUAAAGAGGCAAAAACAGUAGCUGAAAUUGUGAAAGAUGAGGGACUAUCCAGCACUUUAAAAAAAAAAAAAAUUGUGAACUGUUCUUGACAUGAUCCAACUUUUUAAAGAGGUAAGCUUAUUUAGUAGAGGAACCUUUAAGUUGCCCUAAUAGAAGGGGUAUCACCCCCAAGUAGGAUGUAAGGAAGAUGGAUGAUGUUAGAACAAGAGCAAACAAUUCAGCACAUCAGUA